AUGAUGGGUAAGAUAGAUACCGGGGGCCGGUGCGUGCGCUCGUCUGGGGGUGGAAGGGGGGGUUGUUGGGGAGACUUGAGUGGUUUGUGCUUUUAUGCGAUGUUUCCCGGGUUGUGUGUGUAUGCUGCUUGUUUCUUGUUGCGAUGGAGGAAUACUGCCGAUACUGAUAUCGCCGCUUCUCCUCAAAUGAGCCUCCUCGCUUCGUGUUCAGCUACUUGCCGUGUUCAGUCGAAUGCCGUUGAGAUAUGGUUAAGUGCGAGGCAUGCAAUACGGGGAAGAGACGUUGGCACGUUGCGGCGUUUUGAAGUUGAGGAAUGUUGGAAAGGUGCUUGGUCUGGCUUGGGAUGGUGUAUUGUAUGGGGGUGGGUUUGUGUGCGAGGUGGAUGGGCGGGUUGUGCUGUGUUCUUGAGGAGAAGGAGCGGGAGCAAGGAGGGCAAUUGUAAACAAGUCGACGGGGCAACCAGCCACUUCUUGCCGGGGUGA